AAAUUUGUAAUUAAGUGACAUCUAAUAAAAAACACGCACUCCUCUUAUUUCAUCCCCUGUUCACUAUCGUCAUUUACAUUCUAGGGUUUCGCUGGAGAUUUUUCAUAAUCAGCGACGGAGAUCUUCGGCGGUGACUAAUCUCUCUAGAUUCACGGCGGCGAUAGGCGGCGAUAUACACAUCUUACAGGGGAUUCAAUUGGGAUACUGAUUUCGGCGUUUGUAUACUGAUUUCGGCUACACAUGGCUUUGUCUGACUCAUCUCGUGUUGGAGUUGAACCUACGGCAUCUGAUGAUCAUCAUACAACAUUGUCUGCAUACAAUCCACAUCCCGAUUCUGGUUUUUUUGGCCCAUCUGAUGUCAAUUUCAAUCCUAUUUCUGCCGUGGGUCCAUCUGAUGUUGAUGUCAAUACCUUACCUGCAGUUAAUCCAAAUGAAAGUUGCAAUCCUGUGUUUACAACAGUUGCAAAUCGACACACCUUUCAUGGGUUUGAAAUACAGACGUUUGAUUCCAUGUUUACACCAGGCAACGUAGGCUCUGAGACUGCUAAUUUACCUGAUCAAUCAUUAUCAGUUGACACUGCAUCUACUGUUUCUCGAGGAUUUUAUCAAUGGGACGGAAGUUUCAUCUCUUUUGGACUGCAUUCGUCUGACAGCAGGACCUUUGCAUGCUCUUGAUGCUGCAACACGUCCUGCAUGGGCUGCUCCGGUUUCUGCAGUUUCUGGUGCGGCUUCAUCUAUCCCGACACUAUCAAGAGCAAAUGUUAAUGGGCAAAUGCCAAAUGGUACAAACCCAAAUGUUGGUCAUGUCUAUGGUCCCGGUACGGGUCCUGGUGGAAACCCUGGUGCAUCUGCCAUGUUAACUGCUUCUACUGUGGCUAGCGGAGGUGGCAUGGGAAUCGUUCCUAGUACUCUGUUACCGAUUGAUGUGUCGUUUGUUCUUCGUGGCCCGUAUUGGAUUCGGAUAAUAUACUGGAAAUAUUUUGCGGUUAACAUGAGGUGCUUUGCGGGUGAUCAAGUUUGGUUGCAACCUGCAACGCCACCGAAAGGAGGUCCUACAGUUGGAGGUUCUUUACCCUGUCCACAGUUUCGGCCCUUCAUCAUGGAACAUGUUGCUCAGGAGUUGAACGGUUUAGACCCGAAUUUCGAUGGUGGUCAACCAUCAGCCGGACCAACUAAUUCCAACAAUUCGGCUGCGUCUCCUGGUCCGCAACUCUCAGCCCCAAAUGU